CGGUGGACUUGGUAUACUUGGACAGAGGGGUGGUGGGGUACGUGGUAUACUUGGACAGUGGGGUGGUGGGGUACGUGGUGGGGUACGUGGUAUACUUGGACAGUGGGGUGGCGGAGUACGUGGUAUACUUGGACAGAGGGGUGGCGGUGGACGUGGUAUACUUGGACAGAGGGGUGGCGGUGGACGUGGUAUACUUGGACAGAGGGGUGGCGGUGGACGUGGUAUACUUGGACAGAGGGGUGGCGGGGUACGUGGUAUACUUGGGCAGAGGGGUGGCGGGGUACGUGGUGUUCUUGGACAGUGGGGUGGCGGGGUAUGUGGUAUAAUUGGACAGAGGGGUGGUGGCGGACAUGGUAUACUUGGACAGAGGGGUGGCGGUGUGGAUGUGGUAUAAUUUGACA